AACGUUUAGUACGGCUAAACACCCACAGAGUUUUUAACACAGCAUGUCCUCUAUCAUCCAAUGCUCUUCCAGCGUUAGGCAAUGUAAUGACCUAGAAACAGCAAAUCAGAUUCCAGAGAAAUCACACCGCAUACCAAUUGGCUAGAAAUUAGCAUAUAUUGAUUAGCUGCAGUAGACCGCGUACUUUGAAAGUGGGGCUGUGUAAAAUGCACGAUCUACGGGAGGGUUGUGUUUUCGGGAUGGGGAACCCACUUUUAGAUAUAAUUGUAGACGCUGACGAUUAUAUGUAUCGAAAAUACAAUCUCAAGAAAGACAACGUUGUACUAGCUGAAGAAAAACACAUGACUAUUUACGACGAAAUUGAAAAGAAAAAAAAAUUGAACUAUAUUGCUGGAGGAGCCACAUUGAACACAGUCAAAAUGAUCCAGUGGAUACUUCAAAAACCAUUUGUGUGUUCAUACGUCGGAUGCAUAGGUGCCGACAUACAAGGGAAAUAUAUAAAGAAUGAUUGUUCGGCGUUGGACUUAGUGACUGAAUUCCAAAUCGCGGAGGAACCGCUUAUGACCGGAAAGGUAGCAGUCCUAGUCAGCGAAAAAUUACGUAGCAUGGUUACCUACUUAGGAGCUGCGUGUGAUCUUUCUUUGGCCCACAUUGAGCAACCACAUGUUUGGAGUCUUGUGGAUAAAGCACAAGUGUAUUAUAUUGCAGGUUUCGUAAUAAAUACCUGUUAUGAAGGUAUGCUGAAAAUAGCCAAACAUUCUCUGGAAAAUGAGAAGUUGUUCUGCUUCAAUCUCAGUGCUCCUUUUCUAUCUCAGUUUAAUACUAAAGAAGUAAAUGAAAUGAUAUCCUACUCAAACAUUGUCUUCGGAAAUGAAUCUGAAGCUGAAGCUUACGGAGAUGUCCAUGGUCUCCUCGAAGAUACUGUUCAUGCAACAGUCCGGUAUAUAGCAGACUUAACAUUUGCUGACGGAAAAAAGCGUAAACGACUGGUCAUUAUAACACGAGGAAAAAACCCUUUGUUAUAUACCGAUUCUUCUGAUUCAGAAAUCCAUCAAUUCAUGGUGGAGCAGUUUACAGAUGAUCAAAUAAUAGAUACGAAUGGUGCUGGAGAUGCGUUUGCAGCUGGAUUUAUUGCAGAUUAUAUACGUGGUAAACCAAUGAUCACUUCUCUGCACGCAGCUGUGAAAGCUGCAGCCUAUAUUAUAUGCAGAUCUGGCUUUUCCUUAGGUUCCAGAGAUUCUUAUUCGUUAAAAAUAAACAAAUAGGAAAAAGGGGAGUUGCCUUGGUUGUUUCUAGUGCCACAUAUUAGAUAAGCAUGUAGAUAUUUUUCACUUAGGCAAUACGAUAAGAACUGUCAUUUUCCUUCUGAAUUCCUGUUGUACAUAGUAAUUCUGAUGCCACCGGUAUUUUGGCAAGUUUGGUCAUGGGAUCUGAAGAGGAAAUCAUGUUCAAUCCUGACAGUCUGCGAGUUUGUAGGGAUUUGCGAAGAAUGGUAGUUUUUUUAUUUAGUGCCUUAGCAACACCAUAUGUCACAUCAUCGCGAGUAGAACCUAUACCUCCGGAUGUUAUUACGUAGUCGUAACGGUUCAUAAAGUUGCGAACUUCCUCUGAGAUUGCAUCUGAGUCAUCAGGAAUAACAGAAAUCUACGUGUCCGGUUGCAGACAUCAUCUAUGAAGAAAUGGAGAGUCUACAAUUGCUUGAUAUGGGUACGUGUAGCUCACGAAAAAUGUCAUCGAGACAAUGCGUGCAUAACGUUCCAUAGUUAAAGCGAAUUUGUGUACAUAACCUUAAGUUUCACGAAAUAUAAACGCGUGUCGAUCAAUAUACUGUAGGAAUACGCUGGUCUGACUACUAGGAGGAUCAUAUCUUUAAGUAGCUGGGUACAUUUUGAGGAUUCUCUGAGGACAAGUUAAGUUUCGGAUUCCCGAAGUCAAAUACAGCGUGCUGAAAUAUUUGGUCACAGAUGUAACUAUAUUAGGAACUGAAUUAGUCAAUAAGCAGGAUUACGUUCUAGACUUGAUGAGGAGGAGGAAUAUGAAGUAGAAUAAUUUCCUCCCUCUUAUGGCCGUGAUUCAGAUUAGGUAGGGUCUGAGUCUUAAGGAUACUGGCCUUCUCAUAUAAGAUAUUGUUUUAAAUGUCUCUAGGGUUAUUUAGGUAAGUUUCUGUUACCUAUGGUCCACAUACAAAUACGUACACUGGUUAAAUUAAGUGCACUGUACUUGUUGAGUCGGCAUCCGGAGAGGCUCAUAAAGAGCCCCAGCCAAUCAGAGUUCGAUGGAACGUCCUGGGGUCCCAACGUGGCGUACUACUAUUGGUCGGUAGCAAUAUAUGUCGUUAAUGGAUUGGCUGAAAUAGGAUGUUGAUCUAACACACGCUAACGUCUAUAAAUACCUAAGAUUUUCUGUACAAAAAUUAAACCUUGCAGUAAAGUGUUUCUCUGAUACUCGUGUCUUCUCU